AAGGAUUCCUAAAGACAACAGAACUUGUUGUCGUUUUACUGUGCCAGAGAUAAUUUGCUAGUUGUUAUUUACAAAGAUUCGUUUCAUUUUUAUUUAACAUACAAAGAAUUUUUUUUUGAGUUUUCUCUUUUCAGCUUGAACCUCUGAAUCCGAAGAAUCCGGAAGAAUGUGUUCUGCCAGUUUCAAUCGUUCCGUCACCUCUCUGCUCCAGCAAAAAUUCUUGGACUGAGGACGAACUGAUGGAAUCCAAGUUCAGAAAAGUGAGCUUCUGGAGAACGAAGGCUCGUUUCCUGUUUCGCAUUCUUCUGGCAGUCGGGUUCCUGGUGCAAAGCUGGAAAUUUGUGGAGAUGUACUUCCAGUAUCCAUCGACUGUAGAGCUUGAAGUGGUUCAACCUUCUGAAGUGGAAAUGCCGGCCUUCACAGUCUGUAACAUUAACGAAAUACGAUCCACUCCUUACUGCGAAACAUAUUCAGAAGACUGUGGCAGUCCAGAUUCAGAUCCAGAAUUCUGCAUGGAUUUUCAUGAAUAUUGUCAUCUCGUCAAUAAUUCGAAACAGGUAAGUAGGUUCAGGGACGUCUCCAGAUUUAGACAUCUGUCUAGGUUCGAACAGCAGAUGUUUGGGCAUCAAUACGAAUCCUUUGUUUCUAUGUGCACUGUCGAAACCGAUGACGAAGAAACUAAUUGCACUUCCGAUCCAAUAUUGAUUCCAGCUCUGAGUUUUUCAUACGAAAUUCCUUUCAACUGCUACAUGAUGUAUUCUUUGCACGAAAAGCCCAAUGAAGAACCUUUAACUGUGCCUGUUUCAACUCAGAUUCAUUUAAGGCUGAACUUAGAAGUAUCCGAAUACCAUCCUUCACACCUGUCAAGAGGUGCGCAGCUCAGCAUUCAUUCCCCUUACCAUGUACCCUCCCCAAUAAGUGAAGGGCUGUUCCUCAAUAUGGGCACUGUCUACAGGAUAUAUGUCAGGCUGGCAGAGAAAGUGCUUCUUCCACCUCCGUAUAAGAGCAGCUGCACUGACUAUCUAACGCAGUGGAAAGAAAAUGGAGGAAAAGGUCCCGUCACAGAGAAGAUGUGUAAAGAAAAAUGUAAACUGGAAAUGUCCUUAAAGCUUUAUGGCUGUGCUGAACGCAGAAUUGAUUAUCCUCACAAUGAAACUAUAUGCGAAAAACCCAUACCUAAUUUUGCAAAGAUUGCCCGAGAAGAGUGCGUGCCUGGUUGUACAUCACCUUGCAGGAUGCGGAGAUAUGAAGUACAAGUUCAAGAAGCUAACAGUGAAGGAAGCCGAAGAAGUUGCGCAAAAGCUGCUGAAAGCGACCUGUCGUGCGCAACACUGGUUCAUAUUAUAUUCGAAAAUCUGGAAAUCACUACUUUCACGUAUACACCAAGAUUUGAGCCGAUUGGCAUACUGAGCUUUAUCGGUGGAUACGUGGGCCUGUGGCUUGGCAUCUCCCUGCUGACAGUAUACGAUUUCCUCGAAUUACACUUAUUUAAAUUGGUUUCUAUAGUCAAGAGAAAAUGGCUGUUACGGAAGAGGAGAGUGUCCGAUGUUCCACUUCCGCUCGAAGCCCACCGCAUCCAUCAGAAAUUAAGAAAGAAUUCCGAACACUUCCGAGGUACCUCCAAGACUUCUUUCUGCACCGUCUAUCACACGAAUGCUGUCGUGGCUGAAACACCGAAUACAAAGCAAUAA